AUGCUGAGAAGUCUUCUCUCGCUCCUGGGUUUGUGCGCGCUAGCUGUUCAAGCUUUGCUCCACCCACACGUCAGUCGUGCCUCUACUGGCCUGACUGAUGCUGUUACUUGGGACUCGCACUCCUUGUUCAUUCAUGGACAACGCGUAUUCAUCCUCUCUGCUGAGGUCCAUCCAUGGAGGCUCCCAGGCAACCCUGACCUUUGGGGCGACGUUUUCCAAAAGAUCAAGGCCAACGGAUUCAACGCCGUUUCGUUCUAUGUCAGCUGGGCCAUGCAUUACCCAACUCCAGAUGCGAACAACGGUGAUGGGGACUUCGAGCCAGGGACUUACAGAGACAUCCAACGGUUCAUUGACGAAGGGAAGAAGGCGGGUUUGUGGAUGCUCGCAAGACCGGGGCCGUAUGUUAAUGCUGAAACUAGUGGCGGUGGUUUCCCUGGUUGGGUUGGCAACAUUGCUGGCCCCCUUCGGACGAACAACCCUAAUUACAUGCAAACCUGGCCGCGUUACAUGACCGUUAUUUCGCGAAUUAUAGCAAGAAACCAAAUCACAAAUGGCGGCCCGAUCAUCCUCGUACAAGCUGAGAACGAGUACAGUGCAAGCGAAAACAACAACCCGUACAUGCAGGCAAUCAUCGACUUGUACAGAGCGAAUGGCAUCGUCGUCCCAAUUUUCCAUAAUGAUGUGCAUGCAGGUCGGGAUGGAAAUUACUCCCCAGACAGACCUGGAACAAAAGUUGAUAUACACUGUGCCGAUUCUUACCCGCAAGGUCGAAAUAGCUGGGCUCAAGUUCAAGCUAUCUACUAUUCCAACCACGUGGCCGUCGCUCCAAGCAACCCUCUUUGUCUUGCAGAGUUUGGCGGUGGUUAUCUUAUCAACUGGGGUCAGGUUGCCCGCGGUGGGACAGGUUAUGAGAGAUAUUCCAACGGCCUCACGGAUGCCACUUUCCAAAACGUAUUUUACAAGGAAAACUAUGCUCAAACAGCAACGAUCCUCAACGUCUAUAUGCUAUUUGGUGGAACGAAUUGGGGUCAGACCGGGGCGUCUUCAGUAUAUUCGUCCUACGACUAUGGUGGUGGCAUCAACGAAAAUCGUGUGGCUGGACCGAAGAUGAACGAGAUGAGGCUGCAAGGUCUCUUCCUCAGAGUGGCUCGAGACCUUUUAGGCGCGACCCUUUUAGCCAAUGGCACCAACUACACGACGUCCCCCAUCAUGUACGCAGCUGAGCUCCGAAACCUGGAUAACGGUGCCGCAUUCUACUUUGUGCGACACAACGCCUCGACCUCCACAGCGUUGACAACAACACAACUUAAGGUCACAACGUCCGCUGGCGACUUGGUCAUCCCCACCACCGGAGUCAUGACUUUUGAUGGACGAGAGACGAAGAUCAUCGUUACUGAUUAUACCUUCGGCGUACACAACACCAAAAUACUGUAUUCGACAGCCGAAAUUAUGACCUGGACCACAAUUGGAACGAAGGACUACAUCGUCUUCUAUGCACCCUCGGGUCAAUCAGGAGAGACGGCCUUCCAUCUAACCGACCCUGUUCUCGACCUCUCCAGCACGCCGAGUGUCUCCUCCAAGUUCCAGGAGGGCCUGCUUACGCUCAACUAUGUCACUGGGGGCUCUCAAUUCGUAGAAGUCAAGAAUGGAGACACGACGCUCGUUAUCGCCAUCAUGGACAAGGCGACCGCGAACAACUGGCAUGCGCCAAUCAUCAGCGCACCUGGAAACUUUGGUAGUUUCUUCUCGAUUGGGACGAAUAGCUCAAUCCUUGUUGAAGGUCCGUAUCUCCUCCGAACAGCGUCCAUUGUUGGCGAUACACUCUCUUUGACCGGCGACUUGAACGGAACCACUCCUAUCACGGCCAUUGCGCCACCAGCAGUCUCGAAGAUUUCUUGGAACAACCAAGACAUAUCCACCUCCAAGAAUGAGGCCAAUGGCUUCUUGACGGCGAGCUUACCUGGCACACCUGCUCAGCCAUCUCUACCCAUCUUGUCUAAGUGGAAAGUAGCGGGCAGUCUUCCUGAAAUUGAUCCAGACUUCGAUGACUCCAGUUUUGUUACGACCGACCAGACGAGCACGAAUUACACGAAUCUGCCCGUGCUCGCAGGAGACCGCGUUUUGUAUUCUCAACAAUACGGAUUCUACGGCGGAAACCUCAUCUUCCGCGGCCACUUCACCGCUUCCGGCGAAGAAACUGCCAUUGUAACGACGGUCCAAUAUGGCUUUGCCGGGGGUUACUCUGUAUGGCUAAAUGGGGUGUUCCUCGGAUCUAGUCAAGGAAACAUUUCAGUCAGUUUCACGACAGACACCUGGAGCAUCACCCCCAGUAUGCUUCGUGUAGGACGCAACAAUGUUUUUGUAGUUUUGCAAGACCAUAUGGGCAUUGUCGAGACUCUUACUAACGACGGGAAGGAACCUCGCGGGCUCCGAGGCUACGAAAUCAUCGGUGGCAACACGACAUUCAGCCUCUGGAAGCUGCAAGGAAACCAAGGCGGUGCUGCACAAAACCCAGACACCUACCGCGGAUACCUCAACGAAGGUGGUCUCUACGCAGAACGGAUUGGUGCACAUCUACCCGGCUUUCCAGAUUCAGACUGGGCAGAUGGCACACCACUGGCAGGAGGAGGGGUCAAAGGAGCUGGUGUCAAUUUCUAUCGCACCACGUUCGACCUUAACAUUCCUGAUGGCAUCGACAUGCCUGUCCGGCUCUCGAUUACGCCCAGCGACAUAACAGCAAACUUCCGUGUCCAGAUAUACAUCAAUGGGUGGCAGUUUGGCAAGUAUGUCAAUAACAUUGGCCCUCAAACGCUCUUCGUCCUGCCUGCUAGCGUUUUACGACGUCGCUCAACCAACACUCUGGCGCUCUCGCUCUGGUCUCUCAAUGGUAGUGGGGCGAGCAUUGCUGGGUUGACUUUGGUGUCUGAUGGAACGUUCGCCACGUCGCUGGAAUUCAAGGACCACCUGAGGGCCGACUACGAGGAACAGAGGGAGUUGCGACCGGCAGCCCAGGUGGUCCAGCCAAUGUGA